AUGAACCUUCGGGGACCCUCCAUUUCGGCGUUUCUGCAACAAGCCGAGGCCGUUCGUGCCGUGGCCAGUGCGGAGAAGUAUGGCCUGGAAGACGGCGAAGGCCACAAGAUUCACAAGACGACGAAGCGUGGAGAUCAGAAGAGGUUGGCAGUUUGGCUCAAGAUCCAAGGUUGCGUGGUUGGACUGUUGGACUUGUACAUGCCAAAGAAGAGCUUGAAUUUGAAACCCAGACUUGAAAAAGGUCCGCACGCCAAUUUGGCAUUGCUGAGCGCUCAGCUUCAGGACGGUCGCUUGGCUGGAACCGCCUCAGGUCGUCGUCGUGUGCGCCGUUGCGUCGCACGGUCUUCUCCGGAAAAUUCUGAAGAGGAAAUCGAUGAUUCAGAGGUGCGCGAUCAGCUUUCAGUGCAAGCCCGUACCAUUCUAAGUUUGGAACGGAGACUGAAAGUCGUGGAGCAGCGCUCCCAAGCCGCGCCGGCCGGUUCAGAGAUGCACUGGCACGAGGACUUGCGGAAAGCAGCAGAGACCAUCAGCAAGGACCUAGGGCGCGAGUUGCAGAGCCGUUUGGAUCUCGCAGAGAAGCGCCUGCGGAGCUACUGUGACGAGCAACUUGCCGCACUGCGCGAGGCUGGAGUCGUUCCCAAAGAGAGCGACGUUUUCGAAACCGUGGUGGAGAAAGCGGACAAGGCACCGGAAGUUCAGGAAGUUCUGCCGGAAGCGGAGCAGAGCCAGGAAGUGCAUGAGGAACUCAAGGUCCCUGCCGGUCCAACUUCAGUUGGUUUCCAAGACCCAGCAGCUCUGCGGUCGUCACCGAGGAAUCAGAUGUCGCCUUCGAAAGCGUCCAGCCCGGGCGGUCCCGUAGGUCGAUUGAACAUGUCCCUCUUCAUUCCUGACAACGCCUCCAAUCGAUCUGGUUCACCGGCCUCAUCCUUGUACAGGCGCCGAGACUCCUCGGAGUUUGUGUUGGAGAGCCGCGUCCCAUCCAGUCCAUCCUGCCCGCCUGAGGAAGGCCACGGCCGUCCACCUGUGCUGCCGCAGCAAGUGGAGGACAGCGAGGUGGAGGCGACAGCAUCCACGGAGGAAGGUCGCGGUCGCGCAGAGCUGGACUUGUUUCGCGAGUCCGUGCCGUUGUCCAACGACACCUGUCUAAGGCCAAUAAUGGAAGCUGCUGAUGACAGUGACAGCAACCCAGAAGAGACUGCCAAGCAGCAUGCCUACUUCGACUAUGGGAGGAGGGUGGACAAGUCUUUGGGGAGGAAGAGCAAGAGUGACUCCUCAGACUCAGAUGGUGGCAUGUCAAGUGACAGUUGGGAGGAGCAUGCCAAUGCUCACAACAAGUACUGGGAGGCUGAAUGUGAGGUGAGGGUCAGGACCAGUGGGCUCACCAAGAAAGAGGUGGAUAUGCUGAUGCUCAGAGGUGAUUGCACCCCAGAUAGGCAGGCUGUGGUGGAAAACCCCAUCAACCAUGUCAAUGCUGGCCCAGUGUGCACAGGCUGGGUCCUUGAUAUGUUGGAAGAAGGCACUGAAGGGUGUGCUGAGAUGCAGCUGGGCCCAGGAGAAAAGGUGCCCACCAGCAAGGCACUGUGGUCCCUCUUAAAGGUCAUCAUGAACUCUGAGAGGAAGGCAGACCAGUUCAAGUCAUCCUCUCUCGCUGGGUGCAGGUACUGCAAGAAGCUUGGUGCCUUGCCAGAGGGUGAUGCUGGCCCUCCCCAAGGGAAGGAUGUCAAGGCACCUUUCCCAGUAGCCACCAUCAAGGAUAACAACAUCAAUUUGAGGGCUUACUUCAACCAACAAGGGAAUGCAGAGUGGCUAUGGCCCAGGAUCCAAGAUGCUUUGGGCAUUGGGGGCUAUGGUGGCUCCUUUCUUCAGACCAAUAAGGCAGCUGUGGCUGCUGAUAUGGCUCUGCUUGAGGUGCCAGGGGAGCAGAUGCACUAUAAGCCGAAGGGGUAUGAAGGUUCCCCAGCUGAGCCUUGGAAAGACCACACUUUGGAAGGCAGGGCCAUGCUGUCCUUAUUGGUGACUUGUCUGAAGUCAAAGCCACUCAAAGCUGAGCAGAAGGAGAAAGCUCUGAAGAUGUUUGUGUCCUUAGCAAGCAUUGCCAACAACAAGGCGCAUGAGCUGGGGCAAGUCCCUGCCUUUCCACCUGUCACCAUUUGUGCACCAGAUGGCUCUUUGAAAGUGGGGCACAUCAAUGUCAACAAGCAUGGCUUGUGUGGUGGCUGGGCUGCCAUGGUCAACCACAUCCCUGCAGCCCAGAAAUUGUGGAACAAAUUGGAAGAGUCAGCUGGAGGGCAAACCUUGUGGGAGAGCCUUGGGAAAGGUGUGCUGCCAAACCUCAUGAUCUAUGUAGCUGCAGGGUUGGAGGCUUAUGCUGUCUCUUUGACCUACAUGCCUUUGCAAGAGCUUCCAGUCCUGAAAAGCAAGAGAGGCUUCACCAGGAAAUCUUCAGACCAGGUGAACAAGCUGCUGGUCUUGGACAGGGUGAAAAAUGAAAGACUGCACAGGUGGAGGGUAGCCAGAACACAUGCGAACCUCAUUUCUGAGCAUUGUAAGCUCAUGAAGCAGGAGGCCUACCUCACCACAGUGCUCCAUGAAAGAGCUUGCUCAGGAGCCUUUCAGGGUGUCACCCAGAUCUCUGUGGUCUGGGAUCCAUCCAGCUAUGGUGGCAUGGAGACUUUUGUUGGAAUGAUCUACAGUGUGGACCUGGACUUGGCUGCCUAUAUGCUGGUCCAGCCUUUGAGAAGGCUGCUGGUAGGAGAUCUGUCUCAGGAGCUGAAGGCGGAUGGCAAGAAGGGUCGAUUGACAAGAGUGGAAGGCUAUGUAGAGCUCAGAGCUUUGUCCAACUCCAUGAAAAGCAUGGGUCUCACUUUGCCUGACUUCAAUGUGCCUCUUGGGCUUCACCUAGAGCCACUCAAGCCCAAUGAGAUCAGAGCUCAGAAGGAUGGCUUGUGGUACAUUGUGGAUACGAAGGAAGGCAUAGCCAGGCCACAAAUCCCCACUGGAAUGCUGCUGGGAAAGCUUCCUGUCCUUGUCAGCAUCUCUGACCAGGGGCCUAGCAAUAUGGCUGCUCUCAAUUACAUCCAAUUUUCAAAGGAGGCAAUCCUGUGCUGUUGUUUAUAUGACCCUUUCCACAGGGCAUGGAACGACAUCAAAUUGGCUGCCAGAAGGGCCAGAUGCUACCCCUACAAGACCAUGCUGGAGAUGACUGUGGUCUACAACCUUCCUUAUGGUCCCUUUGGAUCUGGCACAUGGUUUGGGAGGAAGCACGACUGCCUGCAGGACUUUCUUGCCCAGCACUCUGCUUCCAGUACCACCUUCCAAGAGCAUCUGCCAUACAUCUGCAGGGAACUAGGUGAGCUGUAUGCCACAAAAAUGAUCCUCAUGUCAGCUGGCACAGAGUAUGAGGCUGAACAGGAGGAACCAGCUGCAUCCUUUGACCAUGAGGGGCUGGCUUCUAAGGACCCCAGGGCUGAACUUGCAGAAUUGAAGAAGAAGAAGGGGGUGUGGAAGCUUGCCCAAUUGCUGAUCACUGAGAGGAACAUCGAUUUGCAGAGGAUGGUCAUGCAGGUGUGCAGAGCCACCUGGAAACACCAUGCCCUGAGAGCAAGGACCAUCAAGAGUCCCUCUGAUGUCUUCCAGUACAAUGUGGCUUGUUCAACCCAGUGGAAGUGGGCAGAGGAGCUUGAGGACAUGGUCAGGCAUGGGUGCUUUGACAGGGAGGAGCUCUUCCAGCAGUUCCAUGAGGAGCCAGGUGAAGACAGGAAGGGCUUGCUGGCAGAGCAUGCCAACUUCUUGGAGGAGUUGCUGUGCGUCAGAGGGUCCAGCUUGGCAGUGGCAGCCUUGACACCACCCAUGAGAUACUGUGGGACCCUGUCACCAGAUCCUGCAGAGGCAGCCAAGGCUAUCCAACAGGUGCAGAAGGAAUGGAGGGUCUUGCUGGAGGUGGAGAGUGCUGUAGCUGCUGGUGGCACAGUGCCCUUUUUGGAUAGCUUGGUGUGGAGGAAGUCUCCUUUUGUCAGAGCUUUGUUCCUGGCUUAUGAGCAGGGCUUGGAGCAGGGGUGUGCUUUGCAAAUGCACCUUGCCAAGAACUUGGGUGACAGCAGGGUGGUUGAGACUGCGCACUCCAAGUGCAAGGACAUUUUGAGAGAGAGCAAAAGCAAUGCACCCAGCCUGACUGCUAUCCAACAUCAGCUCUUAUUGAGCAAAUCUUUGGAGGAAAGAAAUGUAAACAGUAUCACUGUCAAUCCUGCCGACAAAGUCUUUGCCUCUUCUUCUGCCUUCACUUCACCAGUUCUUUUGAAGAUGAACCCCAGGUCCCACAAGCUUCCAGUGAGCCUGCAAAAGAUGAUGGCUAAGCAGGGUGUCACCAACUCUUGGCCUUCCCCAAGCCCCGCCAGCAUGUUUCCAAUCCAGGCUGCAACUGAGUGGCUUUUCAGUGCCUGGGAUGCAGGUUUGCCAGCUGGAAGCCUGGAGAAAGCGUGGGUGACAUUGCUGGCUGGGAAGCCAGGAACAAUUGUGGCCCAGAAAAGCACUGGAGUUUUGGUGAAAGUUCUUCAGGCAGCAGAGUAUGGACUGCUUGGUUGGCUUCUAGAUGUCCAGAAAGGACACCAUGGGAAAGCCAUGUACUUCAUGAACAGCACAAGGGCUUCUUUGGGCUGGUACCACAUUUUUGAUUUGAAUGAUUGGGUUGUGGUGCCUUGUGAACCACAGUUGCUGAAUCCUGGGGUUGGCCCCAUGGGGUGGGUCAGAGUGGGUAACCCUGUGACCCUACCAAUGGCAGUUUGCAAGGAGGGUGCGCACAUCACAGUGAAGCAGAUCAAGCACUUGCUUCAGGAACUGGGUGUGGCCUUUGCCAAGAACUUGAAGAAAAGGCAGCUGCAAAUCUUGCUUAUUGAAAGGUGCCUGACAGAUGCUGAGGAGCAGCAGAAGGCAAUUGCCAAAAUUCCUGAGGUGCCUGAAGCACAGGCUGCUGAAGCAGAUCUGGAUGAUGAGGUCUUAGAUGCAUUGGAAGAGGAUGAGGCCAACUUCCAGGAAAUCAAGAAGAUCAGGAAGGAGGUGGGGAAGAAAAAGCAGAAGAAGGAGAAGGCAGAAGAGCCGGUCCAGUCCAAUAAGAAGCCCAAGGCUAAGGCUGGAAAGGGAAAAGGCUCUGCACAGGUUGAAGGGGUGCCAAAGGUGGAUUAUGCCAAGGUAAAGCCCAAGCCUGCCCCAAAGCAAGCCCCAGAGGCACAGCCAAAGGCAGAACCAAGGAUGAAGCAGAAGACCCAGAGCAGCUACUUUGGUGGCAAGGCUUCUUGGAAAGACUGCCUGGCAUCUGUCCAUGAGUUUAAUUGGAGAAAGUGGCAUGUGAUGAGGGACAAGCUGCCUUUGGAACCUGGGCAGCCAGAGCAGGUCCCUGGAAAGAUCCCUCUUGAGAUCUAUCA